GACGCGGGAGAGUGGAUGAGGAUGAUGAGGCUCUCCGUGUAGUCACAGCCCGGCGGAGGGAAGCGGCUUCAACACCUUCUGUUUAGAACGCUUCGCCCACUCUGACCUGGACCAUGAGCAAUGAUUGGCCUGCUCUGACAAGUCUGACGGAGAACUCUACUGAUGUGCCUCUGUCGGCGGACCAGGUGGAAAAUUAUGUGCUGCUCUUGGUACUGCUGAGUGUUUUCGCCGGGGGGACGCUGGUACUGCUCUCCCUGCUGCUGCUCUUCUGCCACCGCUGCUGCAUGGGUGGGCGACGUUACUCUAGAGCAAGUGAUGACCCUGAGAAGACAAACACGACUUACGUUGACGAUUCUCAGCCCACCCAAGAGAUCACCGUUCGACUGGAUGAAACGGACGCUCUGUCAGCUUCCAGCUGCCACGACGGGGAGUCCGAGAGGUUCGUUUCCACCAUGCUGACGGCUCGCAGGGUCUCCUUCAAUGAAUCUGCGUUGUACGAACAGGAGAGGAUGACAGAGGAUAAAGGACGCAGAUACACUCUGACUGAGGGGGAUUUCCAUCACCUGAAAAAAGCUCGGCUGACUCACCUCCACCUGGCGCCGGCCCCGUGCGACCUCAAGAUCCUCACCAUCAUGGAGUGCGACUCAAAUGAGAGCAGUUCUGUUAACAUUAGCGAAGCUCCGACUCCCAAACUCCCCCUCACUAUCUACCAGCCGACUGAGAGAAGAGUGUCUGACUGGUUGGGUCAAAGCCUUAGUGGAGGUCUACCAGGUGACACACAUCACUCCAUCGUCCUGGAUCGGAUUCCCAGACGGGGCUCGCUGACCAUGGAGGCUCUUGCGGGCAGAGUAGCUGACCACAUGACCACCAGUACUUCUGGGCAGACUUCAGUUUUACAGUUCUUGUCAAAGCUGCGACGCCACACCAGUCUGGAGGGAGCUGGACCUUAUUUCAAGAGGUGGAAGUUUGAUGGGAGUCACCGGGCCGCCAGUCUCGAUGCUAAAGGGUCCCCGAAGAGAAGACCCUUCCAGCGGCAGAGAGCUGCGAGUGAAACCACUGACCACACUGAGGAUGAUUCUUCUCUUCGAAAUGGUGCAACGGGGUCUUUCCCACAAACUCCAAGUCAGACCAGUGGCCUCCAGUCUCUGUCUGCUGAAUCUCUGACUCAACCUUCCGUGGAUCAAACCACCUCCGUCUUCUUCCACAGGCAAAAUCCGGAGACUGUGGUGGGGGAGUUCGCUGGUAACAGCAGGAGUGAAGUACCAUCUUGGGAAACAGAUGAUUGCUCUAACCAGAGACAAAAGAACACCUUAGACAAUCAGUCAGGAAUAGAGGAAGGAUUAAAACCAGAUGCGGUCGCAAGGACUGAGAGCGGCAGGGUUGAUACGGAACCUCUAGAGGAGGAUGACUUGUUUGAUCCACAGCAGGAAGCCAAAGUUGUUCAGUUUGAAGAUUCAACCACGGAAACUGGAGACGGCGUAACGUUGGAUCUGAGGCAAAAUUGCGAGAUGGAAGUCGAUGAAGAAGUGAUGUUAGGAGUUGACAGCAGACCAAGGGCAGAUUCAGGUUCUUCUCUUUCAUUUGGGCUUCGGCAGGAGAUCUUGGAGGCUCAACCUUCUCUUUACAGAGACAUCUGGAGCUUGCGAGCCUCCCUGGAGCAAUACGCCUCCUCGGACCAGAGCAGCACCGACAGGGAGUCCAUCCGUAGCGAUGCCGAAAGCGUCUCGUCACUCGGCUGCGCCCGGACUGGGCAGCUGAGUAGCUGCUUGUCCCAAGACCUGGAUGAUGAACCUGACGCAGAAGGAGAGGUGGUGGAGGGUGACGUCAGAGGGGCGGCGGGCGGGGCCAGCGAGAUGGGAAGUGGCGUCGACGGAGAGGUGGGUACCCGCAAGCUCCUCCAGAUGGAUAGCGGCUAUACCUCCAUUGAAACGCCAUCCAAGGGGCCGGAGGAGUUGCGCAUUUUCGGGACUCCCGCAGCCCCUCGUGGGAAGACAGCCACAGAGAGGAGGUUGUUCUUCACAAGCUCAGGGAGGAAAGGUUCUGUGUGCGAGAGCACUGACACCAGGUUGUUCCAGGAGGAGCUGGAAGACGAUUUAACCGAAAGCACAGAGGAGAAACACAAAAGUAGUCUCUCGCUCCACGAACCGUAUCCCCUCGUCAAACCCCUUCAUCCUCACAAACAAGAAGCUCUGUCACACAUAUCAUCUCAGCUCUUGAAGCCGGCCUCUCAGCCCUGCGUCCCUCACCGACCUCGUCUACAUCGCCGCGACUACAGCAUCGAUGAGAAGACGGACGCGCUUUUUAACGAGUUCCUCCGACACGACCCGAGGUUCGACCAGCCAGAUUCGCCGUUUCGAACCAGGCACCGCUCCAGAGUACACCUACGGAAGCAGUGGCAAAGACACAAGCAAUACAGCGACCCCGGAUCGGGGGCCGGGGGUCGCUACUCGCCAUCUCUGGAGAGGCAGAGGUUCACCCCGCUCCCGAGAGGUGACAGCGCCAGUUACCCUCUGGACACCAGGUACCACAGCACAUUGUCGCGCAUCGCCAGCGCGGCGGACGAAGAAGCCAGUGAGAUUGCGGCCUGCGAGGAGGCAGCCAAAGAGAGCGCGCAGGACGCAUCAAGAGACGGCGGCACCUCGGAGAUGAGAACCGACGAGACCGCGAGCGGCCAGGACGACGUUCCUUCUUCCGACACAAAAAGCACAAGCCCUCAGCAGCCCCCCGCGCGCUCUAUGGACCCUCGAGUUGACAACAGGAACAACAACAGCAGCCCGUCCAGCAGCCUGACAGACAAACUGGCAGUGGCGGUGGAGGAGAGGCUCUACGGCGGCCUACGGAGGGCCGAGCUCGCCCAGGGAGGAACCCGGAGCGUGGUCACGGCCUCACACACCGCCUCGCCUGACCACAGCCCCAAGUAACUCUUGUAUCCUAGAUUUUCAUCUAUGAAAAUGUUUGGUCAAUUAUUCUGACAUGUGGCUCAUCACAAAUACAGUGAACCCUCCCAAAGCUAUUUAAAAAAAAAAAAAAAAACUUUAUCAAACACUUAAA